AUGUGCGGCAUUUUCGCGUACGUUGGAGAUCGACAGGCUCUUCCUUGUCCUGUCAAGGCGUUGAAAGGCUUAGAGUACAGAGGUUACGAUUCGGCAGGUGUGGGAAUCCAUAAUGGUAAAGAGUUGAACAUCGCUAUGAUGGUGGGCAAGGUCGCCAACCUCGAGACUGCUUGCGGUGGUGUCAACAACCCGGAAUACGCUGGCACUAUGGGUAUUGCUCAUACCCGUUGGGCUACUCAUGGCGCUCCUACUGACGCCAAUGCUCAUCCUCACUUCACUGAGGAUCGGAAGAUCGCUGUAGUCCACAACGGUAUCAUCGAGAACUACGCCAGUCUGCGUGAGGAGCUCAUCAAUAAGGGAUACCACUUUACCUCGGAGACCGAUACUGAGCUCCUCGCUCAUUUGGUUGCUGAUGUUCGUAAGCAGAUGAGACCUGACCCUUCAUGGUCUGUUAUUGUCUCCUGCGCCUUGAGCCUUGUGACGGGUGCCUAUGGUGUUGUUUUCACGUUCGCGGAUGAGCCCGACCUGCCUAUCGGGGCUUGUUAG